GCCAUGCACCGGCGUAUCCUCAAGCUGUCGUUUCUGAACACGAUCCAGCGGAGGCACAUCAAGCAGCACCAGAAGAACAUCGAGGUGUUCGAGCAGGCUUUCGCAACCAUCAAGUCCAGCACCCAGAUCCACGAGAUAGACGAGAUCGUCCGGAUCUUCGUCGAUCUGGAGCAGCGCAAUUUCAGCUUGCUGACGUAUGUCAAUCAGCUCAACAGGGAGAUCGAGGCGAUC